AUGCCUUCUAGCAUCUCGUAUUCGUCUAUGCCGCCCAAGUUUCCAGAUAAACAGCGGCGCCCAGGCCUCAUUCACCUCCCGCAACCGCUCGCCACGCCCCCUCGGCCCACAAGCAGGCUGCCUGCGCUCAAUCCAUCUGAGAAGCCAUCUCAGAAUGCUCAGAGCGCUCCCAACGCUGUCGACAAGCUCAGCGUGCAGCUCCGGACUCCAAGCCCCAGCUCAAAUCGUCCUCCACGGCCGCAGCAAACCCGCCGCAAGCAAAAGCGCCCCAGCAGCGCUGGUGUAGCUUCCAAUAUUGCUGAUAUUUCUACCGUGGACGCAAACGUUUUGUCGACGCUCACCAACGCUGCCGCUGUCACAGAGGCUGGAGUCAUCAAGCCCUCGUCGGCCGUCGUCCUCUUGUCGCCCCCGCCAACGCCUGCACACCGCGCAAGCGUCAAGAAGAAUAAGAACAAGCCAAAGGGAACUACUGGUCAUGGCCGCAAGCCAUCCAAGACCCUCGUCCUACCGGUCUCGCCUCCCCUUACGCCGGCCACUGCCGAGGUUAGUCUCCCUCUAUCAGACGUACAUCAUGGAACUGAGAUGAUACCGAUACAGUUCAAGCCAGCUCCAGUCGAAGAAGCAGUGUUCUCUUUGGAAAGCCUCUUGUCCUCUGUGCAUUCGGCACAGGACGCCUCCAGUGAAUCGCUCCCAUUGGCCGAAGACGAUGAGGUUAUUGUGUGGAAGCAACCUCAGACGCCGAUCUCCCUGUACCCCACCCCUCCCCCUCGUGCAUUCGGCACCCCCUCCCGCACCCCCUCUCCAAACGAGCUCUUUAACUGGGAGGAGGUGAAGAACCUUCCUAGACUUUCGCCAGCGACCAUCGCCCAGCUCAAAGAGCAAUACGAUAUCCGCCCCUCUGAAGCUUUCCUUCACAAUCAACAACCACCCUCGCAAGAGCCAGACCUCUUGAUGUCUCUGCUUCAAUCAAGCUCCUCGUGCCCUCCUUCUCCAAGCUCCUCCCCAGAGGCCUCGACGUCCUUUUCCGCCGUCUCCAAGCCAAUCCCGAUUACCCGCCGUGUCCACGCCGCCCAUAGCCGGACGCCAUCUGUCCCCACGUAUUCUUCUUCCCCUGGCCGCUCUUCUAUGAUGCAGUACAGGGAGGACGUUGCGGACCUAUUUGGAUUGGACGUGCGCGACGUCAUGGCGGUACAGCGCGCUACCGAGGCGUGGCGAGCAUAUGCAGGCUCUGCAUUCAACAACUCGCCCGAAACAGAGCGCGUUCCCGCGCCCAAGUUUUUGGGACGUCUCUUUGCAUGA